UCCAUCUAAAUUACCAUUGGACAAUGAAUCCCGUCACCAUUGGGAUUAUGGAUGUGCUGUUGUGAGUGGAAAAACAACUUGUUUACCAGUUAGUUAUACCUUUCCCCCGAUGAUUUAACAACGGAAUAGUCAAACUGUUUGUGAUGUCAACAUGGAGAGAGAUGACAAUCAAGAAAAGGGAGAGAUGGAGGAGAUAAAGAGUGAGAAUCCAUCCUCUGACUGCACACUGUCAACUGGUUCUGCUGAUCUCACUUCUGCUCUGCCCUCUGAAAAUCACACAGUUGCUGAGCCUGCUGUGCCAGUGGGAGGAGACGACGGCACCAAAGUGACUUUAGAGGAGCCUAAGAAUCCACCUCCAUCAGAUACUAUGGGUGAGGAGGGGACCCAGGAACUAGAACUGGCCACUGAUCAGGAACUAGAACCGGCCCCUGUCCAGGAACUAGAACCGGCCCCUGUCCAGGAACUAGAACCGGCCCCUGUCCAGGAACUAGAACCGGUCCCUGACCAGGAACUAGAACCGGCUCCUGACCAGGUAAAAGAUGAAGAGACUGAUGAGUGCAAUAAGACAGAAUAUCAUAACAGUUCAGGUGGUCAACCAGAGACUGUGCCAGAAGAGGCUUCAUCUUCAGCUGAGAAUGUGCAGGACGACUCAGGGGAGUUUGUGGUCACUAUGUUGGCCAGAGGUAAACUGGAGGAACAAGAUAUGGGAGUGAAGGGGAUGUCCUCUUCACUUUCAGAGACUGGUGCCCCAGAGGCCCCCCCAUCCUACCGUGAUGAAGACGUGAUGGCUGAGAGCUGGAGGCAGCACAGGAAGCAUGUGUUUGUCCUGAGUGAGGCAGGGAAACCAAUCUACUCCCGCUACGGCAGUGAAGAGGCCCUGUCGUCCACCAUGGGAGUCAUGAUGGCACUGGUGUCCUUUGUCCAGAGUAGUGACAACAUGAUCCGCUCUGUCUACUCAGACGGGCACACGGUGGUGUUCAUGCAGAAGGGUCCUCUGGUGCUGGUGUCUGUGUCAAGCAGCCGUCAGUCAGAGCAGCAGCUGCGUGCUGAGCUGCUGUACGUCUACUACCAGAUCAUCAGCAUGCUCACCCAGGCCAGCAUCACACGCAUCUUCGAACACAAGAAGAACUAUGACCUGCGGCGACUACUGGCCGGCUCCGAGAAGAUCCUGGAUGGCCUCCUUAACCUGGUGGACUCAGACCCCAGCUUCCUGCUGGCAGCGGUGCACUGCUUGCCCCUGACUUCCUCUCUCAGGGACUCCCUCAGCCAGAUCCUACAGAAGGCCAUCACCCCAAACCUGGUCUUCUCCAUCCUCAUUGCCAAGAACCAGCUGCUCACCAUUGUCCAGGAGAAGACGGUGAUUGAGGACACCAGGCUGGAGCCUGCUGAUGUCCACCUGCUGCUCAACCUCAUUGGGGCCUCCUCUGCCUUCCAGGCUGGAGAGAUCUGGACUCCCAUCUGCCUGCCUCUCUUUAACCCUGACUGUUACUUCUAUGCCUACAUCUCCUACCUGGACCCCCCAGAAUGCACUGUGUGUCUGCUGCUGCUCUCCACGGAUAAGGAGGCUUUUUACGCGGUGGCAGAGUGUAAGAGGAGGAUAGAGUUGGCCAUGCUGGCUCAGAGCUCUCUGAGGCUCAUUGCCAAUGCCCACUCCUACAGCGUGAGCCAGGUGGGUGUCUCAGACCUCAGGCACUUCAUGUACAAGCCCUUUGAUGUCCCAGACAACCACAAGCAGCUCACCCAGUUCACCAGCCCAGAGAUGGAGGCUCCCUACAGCACGGAGGAGGAGAGGAUGCGGCUGCUGGACCUGUACCGUUACAUGCACAGUCGCAUCCACAGCUCCUCCCGGCCCCUCAAGCUCAUCUACCACGUGGCAGAGAGGGAAACCCUGCUGGCCUGGGUCACAAGUAAAUUUGAGUUGUACACUUGCUUCAGCCCGUUGGUGACUAAGGCCCGUGCCAUUAACGCAAUAACCAAGCUUCUACGUUGGAUCAAGAAGGAGGAGGACCGUCUCUUUAUCCGAUACCCACCCAAGUAUUCAACCACGCCCAACCCCAGCAAAAGCUCCCGCAAGUCUGACCAGCAGGACUCCACAGAUAAUGGCUUUGCGUCUCUACUAUAGAGCUGAUCUAGCCCUGGCUAUUCCUCUCUGUCAACAGUUUAUACACCGGUUCUACUAGAAGAGGUGUUUGGCACUGACCACAUCCUACAUCUUUUUGGACUUCAUUGAACUUUAUUGAACUUUGACCACUGGACUAUUGCAGGAUGACUUGCCUUCUUGAAACUGACUCUAUUAUUAUUUCUGUACCUUUAUAAGAAAGCAUGUUUAGUAACUGUGUUAGUGCUUUUAGGUUCCAACUUGAUCAGGAAAACUGUAAGGAGAAAGCAAACAUUUUAAAAUUGGCUAGUGGUGGAACUUUCAAUAAUAUCUAAUUGUUUUUAUAUUGUUUUAUUCUAUUGUGACAAAUGUGAGAACUCUUCUCGAAGGCAUAAUAUCUGACUCAUUACAUACAACUAUUGCAAUUCAAGCUUUUGUGGUCAUUGACACUGUAGCACAUUACAAAAAUGAAAGUAAGGACUACCUAGAACUACUCCUGAAUUUCUUUUCAAAUGCCUUGCCAUCAUACUUAUUGCUAGAAACCUUAAUGUUUGAAAAAGUUUGGUUAUUGGUGGGAUGAACAGAAUUGAAAUGUAUCAAUGUCUUAUUUUGAAAUCGCAUCCUCUAGACAACUGGAAUUGGAAGGAUUACCACUCUUGUAUGUGUCUGGAUAGUCCAUGACAUCACCUCUCUACAUGUUCAUUGUUCUCAGUUGAUACAAUUGAUUGACUGGCAUGUUGUCUUUGCAGUUUAGAUUGUAAAUAAUGCUCUGGUAAUAAACAUUCAGUUACAUUUUUC